AUGGAAAGCGUUAGAACUACUAUUAAAAUAGCUGAAAAUAAUUUUUUGACUAAAGAAUAUGAACAAGAACCAUUUUUAUUACACACAUAUCAAUAUUAUAUACAAUAUUGUGAAAGUCUUUAUUCUUCAUUUUUUAAAGGACGAAAUACAGAAGUUCAACGUAAUAUAAUACGGAAUAAUUUUGGCCUAAAUGAUGAAGAUAUUAACAGUUGGAAGGGAAGGGCUUUACGUUAUCAAAUGACUCCAGAAAGUUUUACAUUUUUCCUGCAUGUUGCUAUGUAUUCCACUUCAGAAGGCUUCGCCGCAGUACAAGCUAAGAAGUUGGAAAACGACAAAAGUUUAUCUAUGUUAUUAAAACAACAAAUUAAAAAGCGGGAGGAACUGGAAAGACAGCUGGAAUUUUUACCUAGAAGUUACAAGAAGUCCAAAAAAUCAAAGAAAUCAAAAAAAUCAAAAAAAAAGAUUUCAAAAACCCAACUCGAUUCCUCGAAUAAUUCUGACUCAGAAGAGUUAGAUUAUGACGCAAUACCUUUUCAACCGAAUUUAGAAGCUGAUGAUGAUGAUCUAAUGGAUGAUGAUCGAGAUUUGAAUAUAAAUCGGCCGAUCGAUAAGUCUUCUGAUGUUCAAGAUCGGACGAUCGCAGAAUCAUCUGGUACACAACCUAAUGUCGAUCAAUCACUUUUGGAUCACAAUCUGAACACAGCCACACCCUUAAUAGUUGAUAUUACACAGCCGCAACAUGUAAUACAACAAGAAAAUAUGGACGUGGAUUUGACAAAGUCUUCGAAGCAAAAAAAGAAGUCGAAUAAAAAUUUGGUUAAAAAUGUAAUAACUGGACAUAUACCUACCGAUGAUGAUACAUCGCGAGUCAGAGACAUUUUGGUGUAUGACAUUCCGGUAUCCUGGACUCCUGAAGAUAUUCUGAAGGAACUAACUUUAUGGGGGAAAACUAUUUCUUUACAAAUGAAGCCACAAAGAAAAUAUCAAACGCUCCGUUUGAAAAUAGAAUUAAGUACCUUUCGGUUAGCCCAAUUCGAAGUUAAUGAAGAUCCGGUAUGGACUACGGAUUUAGGAGGGAUACCAGUACGAUGGUUUCCAGCAAGGUGGACUCUCAAAGAAAGAAAACAACGUGAGAAGUUCCAAGCUACGAUUCAUAAGAUACCAGAUUCAAUGACUCUAGCAGCCUUAUGGACUGACCGUCGCCCACAUUCUUUCCUUUCUGCGAUAAAAGGAUUGAAAAGUUUUAAAAUUAUACAAACAGCGAGAGGGGAACGUAAGUUACUUGGUUUUUUCGAAAGGUGGGUUGAUAUGCGCGCAGCAUUAGAAAAUCAGGUAAUUUGGGAAAAUUAUAAUCUGUCAUGGAAUCGGCACGCUCCUCCGAUGCAACCAACAAGGUCACGUGGCGGUGACGCCAAUAAGAACCGUAAUCAAACUUCAAGAAGUCAGAAGACUGAGAAAACUCAACAGAAUUCGAAGAAUUCCAAGAAGAAACCAGAAGAGACGACGUCCAAAAAGCCUGAUGGACAAAAGAACAAAAAGGACAAGUCCUGUAGUAAAUCAAAGGAUAAAGUUUUAGCAGAAAUUUUAGAUUUGCUGCGUAAAUUAGUUUAA